AUGAACAUAGACGUGGAGUUCCACAUCCGGCACAACUACCCCUGGAGCAAGCUGCCGGCCAACGUGAGGCAGAGUCUUGGAAAUUCACAGAGAGAAUAUGAGAAGCAGGUUGUCUUGUACAGUAUCCGCAAUCAGUUACGAUAUAGAAACAACUUAGUUAAGCAUGUCAAGAAAGAUGAACGCAAGUACUAUGAGGAACUGUUGAAGUACAGUCGAGACCAUCUCAUGCUGUACCCUUACCAUUUAUCAGACAUCAUGGUAAAAGGCCUAAGGAUAACACCAUUCUCAUAUUAUACUGGGAUCAUGGAGGACAUCAUGAACAGUGAGAAAAGUUAUGAUUCAUUGCCCAAUUUCACUGCUGCUGACUGUCUAAGGCUUCUUGGCAUAGGAAGAAACCAAUACAUUGAUCUGAUGAAUCAGUGCAGAUCAUCAAAAAAAUUUUUCAGAAGGAAAACGGCGCGUGAUCUUUUACCAGUAAAGCCAGUGGAAAUUGCCAUAGAGGCCUGGUGGGUGGUGCAGGCUGCAUAUAUCACGGAAGAUGACAUCAAGAUAUGCACUUUGCCUGAGAAAUGCGCUAUUGAUAAGAUCAUUGAUGCAGGCCCUCAACUCUCUGGAUCACUAGAUUACAAUGUAGUCCAUAGUUUAUAUAACAAAGGAUUUGUUUAUCUGGAUGUACCAAUCUCUGAUGACAGUUGCAUAGCAGUUCCUCCUCUUGAAGGUUUUGUAAUGAAUCGAGUGCAAGGUGAUUAUUUUGAAACUCUGCUCUAUAAGAUAUUUGUGUCAAUAGAUGAGCAUACUAAUGUUGCAGAGCUUGCAAAUGUUCUUGAGAUAGACCUGUCUCUGGUUAAGAAUGCUGUAUCAAUGUACUGCCGAUUGGGGUUUGCCCACAAGAAAGGACAAGUAAUAAAUUUGGACCAGCUUCAUUCAUCGUGGAAGAAUGUUCCAUCCGUAAACAGAUUAAAGAGUACUUUAGAUCCACAGAAGAUGCUCCUGUCGUGGGAUGGUGGGGAAAGUAGGAGCCCUGUACAGGAAGCUUCAUCGGCUACUGACACGGAUACAAACAGUCAAGAAGACCCAGCAGAUACAGCCAGUAUAAACAGUUUGAAUCUGUCUACAGGAUACACAAAGCGUAUCGCGUUCCUAUUUGACUCAACACUUACUGCCUUUUUAAUGAUGGGAAACCUUUCACCAAAUUUGAAAAGCCAUGCAGUCACGAUGUUUGAAGUUGGCAAACUCUCCGAUGAGUCUCUGGACAGCUUUCUUAUUGAACUAGAAAAGGUUCAGAGCACUGGUGAAGGGGAAGCACAGAGGUACUUUGACCAUGCGCUCACUCUGAGGAACACAAUACUGUUCCUGCGUCAUAAUAAAGAUCUAGUUGCUCAGACUGCACAGCCAGACCAACCCAAUUAUGGUUUUCCUCUGGAUCUCUUGCGCUGUGAAAGCCUUCUUGGGUUGGACCCUGCAACCUGCAGCAGAGUUCUAAACAAAAAUUACACAUUGCUUGUUUCCAUGGCUCCUCUCACCAACGAAAUCCGGCCUGUCAGCAGCUGCACCCCUCAGCACAUUGGACCAGCUAUCCCAGAAGUCAGUUCUGUCUGGUUUAAACUGUACAUCUACCACGUCACCAGGCAAGGCCCACCAUCUCUUCUUCUGUCCAAAGGGACAAGACUUCGAAAACUGCCAGAUAUGUUCCAGGGUUAUGAUCGAUUAUUAAUCACAUCUUGGGGUCAUGAUCCUGGGGUGGUUCCUACGUCAAAUGUGCUCACGAUGUUGAACGAUGCCCUGACACAUUCAGCGGUUUUGAUUCAGGGACAUGGUUUGCAUGGGAUAGGAGAAACUGUCCACAUACCUUUCCCAUUUGAUGAGACAGAACUACAAGGAGAGUUUACUCGUGUCAAUAUGGGUGUUCACAAAGCAUUGCAGACAUUGAGGAACAAGGUGGACUUGCAGCAUUUUUGUGGAUAUGUCACCAUGUUGAAUGCUUCUAGCCAGCUUGCAAACAGAAAACUCAGUGAUGCUUCUGAUGAGAGAGGAGAACCUGAUUUGGCUUCAGGCUCAGAUGUGAAUGGGAGCACAGAGUCAUUUGAAAUGGUCAUUGAGGAAGCAACUCUAGAUUCAGCUGCAAAGCAAAACUCUGUUGCCACAACAGAAGCAGAUUGGGUUCCUCUGGAGCUGUGCUUUGGGAUUCCACUGUUUAGUUCUGAAUUAAACCAGAAAGUCUGCAGAAAAAUUGCUACCCACGGCCUUUGCAGAAAAGAGAGCCUUCAAAACCUCUUACAUUCCAGUAGAAAACUGUCUCUACAAGUCCUUAACUUUGUUCACUCAUUUCAGGAAGGUGCUUCAACACUGGAUGUUCACACUGAGGCCAGUUUCCCGAGUUUGCUUUCACAGUCAUCCUGUGCUGACAUGGGAGUCCCCCUUCCUGCAAAGAACUUAGUAUUUAAAGAUGGUAUCUUAACGGAGUGGAGUGGACGAUCACCCUCGUCACUUCUUAUUGCUAAUCUCCAUUUGCAAUAAUUUGGUCACAUCAUUUGUUGCCCACCCUUUCUGACUUUUUUCUUUCUUAACGUUAGCUUUAUAGUGCCAGCCACUAAAAAGCUUCCUGCUG